ACGUCACAGUACGAAGUCGGGUCUGGCACGACACCUAUUGCCACGGCUCCUACAAUAAAUCAUAACCCAACUACCUCAUUCAUUCAUUCACUCCACUCCAUUUUCGUUACUUUCAAUUCAAGCUUCAAACACCCUUUUCUUCUUCACUUCGAGAACGAGAAUUUAGAGAGAUAGAGAGUCAUGGGUAGCAAUGCAAAGGGUCGGACUGUCAUGGAAGUCGGUGACGAUGGAGUGGCUUUGAUCACCAUCAUCAAUCCUCCUGUCAAUUCACUAUCCUUUGAUGUGUUAUUCAGCUUAAAAGAAAAUUACGAGCAGGCUUUACGAAGAAAUGAUGUGAAAGCAAUUGUAAUCACUGGUGCAAAGGGAAAAUUUUCGGGUGGCUUUGACAUUGGUGCUUUUGGUGGUCUGCAAGGGGGACAAAAGGCUGAGUUUUCAAGACCUGGUUUCAUAGCAGUGGAGGUUCUGACUGAUGUUGUAGAAGCUGCAAGGAAACCGUCUGUUGCUGCCAUUGAUGGUCUUGCAUUAGGUGGGGGGCUUGAGAUUGCAAUGACAUGCCAUGCACGGAUUUCAACUCCCACGGCACAAUUAGGCUUGCCUGAACUUCAGCUUGGACUAAUUCCUGGGUUUGGAGGGACACAGCGACUGCCUCGACUUGUUGGUCUCCCAAAGUCACUUGAAAUGAUGCUGACAUCAAAGCCAGUUAAAGGGGAAGAAGCUUUUAAUUUGGGUCUUGUUGACGCCCUUGUUUCUCCUAAUGAGCUGGUAAGUACUGCACGUCGAUGGGCCCUAGAGAUCCUGGAGCGUAGAAGACCUUGGGUUGCUAGUCUUUACAAGACUAGCAAGUUGGAAUCACUUGGGGAGGCAAGAGAAAUACUCAAGUUUGCAAGAGCACAGGUCCGCAAGCAGGCUCCAAAUGUCAAGCACCCAUUGGUUUGCAUUGAUGUCAUUGAAGAGGGAAUAGUUUCAGGUCCCAGGGCAGGACUUUGGAAGGAAGCUGAAGCUUUUCAAGAGCUAUUGCAUUCUGAUACUUGUAAGAGCUUGGUUCACGUCUUCUUUUCUCAACGUGGAACAUCAAAGGUACCCGGGGUUACUGAUCUUGGUUUGGUUCCAAGACAUGUUAAGAAGGUUGCUAUAAUUGGAGGAGGAUUGAUGGGCUCUGGAAUAGCGACUGCGUUGAUUCUUAGCAACUAUCCCGUGAUCUUGAAGGAGGUAAAUGAGAAGUUUCUGCAAGCUGGGAUUGAUAGAAUCAAAGCUAAUCUUCAAAGCCGCGUCAAGAAAGGGAAAAUGACACAAGAAAAGUUUGACAAAACCAUCUCUCUUAUUAAGGGUACCUUGGGCUAUGAGAGCUUCAAAGACGUGGACAUGGUCAUAGAGGCUGUUAUUGAGAAGGUCUCAUUAAAGCAACAAAUUUUUUCUGAGCUUGAAAAAUAUUGCCCAUCACAUUGCAUACUUGCCAGUAACACUUCCACAAUCGACUUGAACCUGAUUGGAGAGAAGACGAAGUCCCAGGAUCGGAUUGUUGGAGCUCAUUUCUUCAGUCCUGCUCAUGUCAUGCCACUUCUGGAAAUUGUUCGUACAAACAAGACAUCUCCCCAAAUUAUAGUUGACUUGCUAGAUGUCGGGAAAAAGAUAAGGAAAACACCGGUAGUGGUUGGAAACUGCACAGGCUUUGCUGUCAACCGAAUGUUCUUCCCUUAUACUCAGUCGGGUCUUUUGCUUAUUGAGCGAGGUGCAGAUGUCUACCAGAUUGAUAAAGUAAUCACCAAAUUUGGAAUGCCAAUGGGCCCAUUCAGGUUGGCUGAUCUGGUCGGAUUUGGUGUGGCAAUCGCGACUGGCACACAAUUCAUUGAGAAUUUUCCUGAGAGAACAUACAAGUCCUUGCUUAUACCACUCAUGCAGGAGGAUGGAAGGGCAGGUGAAACUACUCGGAAAGGAUUCUAUACUUACGGUGACAAACGCAGGGCCAACCCGGAUCCUGAAUUGAAAAAAUACAUUGAGAAGUCAAGGAACAUAUCUGGUGUUGAUAUCGACCCUAAGCUAGUGAAGUUAUCUGAAAAGGAUAUCGUAGAGAUGAUAUUCUUUCCCGUGGUGAACGAGGCAUGCCGUGUCCUUGCUGAAGGAAUUGCAGUCAAGGCAGCAGACCUCGAUAUCGCUUCUGUCAUGGGCAUGGGUUUCCCUCCAUACAGGGGUGGUCUCAUAUUCUGGGCUGAUUCUCUUGGUUCCAAAUACAUAUACUCAAAACUGGAGGAAUGGUCAAAGAUUUAUGGGGAAUUCUUCAAGCCUUGUGCAUAUUUAGCCGAAAGAGCAGCAAAGGGAGCUCCUCUGAGUGCUCCAUUGGAUCAAGCAAAGUCUCGGCUAUAAGAGAAUGUGGUCAACAAUGUCACAAAGCUGGUUUUGAGCUUCUUUUUAUAGAUUAUAUGUUAACCAAAGCCUUCUCUUUUCCUAAGGUGAGAACAGUGGUUUAGCAAAAGCAAAAUAAUGCAUAAAAUGGACUGAAAGCAACAUAUGACAAAAUUAGUAGUCAUGGUUUAAUCAAAGGGUCCUUCAAUCUAUAGGAAUUCUCAUGGGAUAAAGGUGUUAUUAUCAUUGGUCUCGAGUAUCGACUUUGUAACGACUUUUAUGGUUGACCCUUAUAUGGGAUAAUAAGGAUUUUUUUUAUUCAA